AUGUUGGGUAAAGUCUGUGACACGGAGCUGGCUGCGGCAGAACGCGGAGGCAUUGCCCCGUUGCCCCCCCCACCCCCCUGGAUCCGCCACUGGGGUGGUGAGGCUCUGGACAGACUUUUCCUGAGCUUCCCUUAAACCAAAACUUACUUUAGCCACUUUGACCUGACUUCUGGCUCUGCUGACGUCAAGGCUCACGGUGGAAAAGUUCUGAAUGCUAUUGGAAAUGCAGCCAAUCACCUAGAUGACCUUGCUGGUAACCUGUCCACCCUCAGUGACUUGCAUGCAUACAACCUAAGAGUGGAUCCAGGAAACUUUGGAAUGCUGUCUCACUCUAUCCAGGUGGUCGUAGCUAUUCACUUCCCUGAUGAUUUCACUCCUGAAGUUCAUGCUGCCUGGGAAAAAUUCCUUUUUGAAGUUUCUUGUAUCCUUACCUCCAAAUACAGAUAA